AGGUGCCUGGUGUGGUGAGGGGUGCCAGUGUGUCCAGAGGAGCCCAGUGCCCACUGAGGCAGCCAUGGGGCUGCUGACUGGGGAGACACUGGGGCCCCUGGCUGUGGCCACAGCCAUCUUCCUGCUCCUGGUGGACCUGUUGCACCGGCGACAACGCUGGGCUGCACACUACCCACCAGGCCCCAUGCCCCUGCCUGGGCUGGGCAACCUGCUGCAGGUGGACUUCCAGGACACGGUUUGCUGCUUUACUCGGCUUCGGCGCCGCUUCGGGGACGUGUUCAGCCUGCAGCUGGCCUGGAAGCCCGUGGUAGUGCUAAACGGGCUGGCGGCCAUGCGCGAGGCUCUGGCGUACCGCAGCGAGGACACCUCCGACCGCGCACCUGCACCCAUCUUCAAUCACCUGGGCUUCGGGCCGCGCUCCGAAGGAGUGAUCUUUGCCCGCUAUGGACCCGCGUGGCAGGAGCAGCGGCGCUUCUCCGUGUCCACCCUACGCAACUUCGGCAUGGGCAAGAAGUCACUGGAGCAGUGGGUGACCGAGGAGGCCUCGUGCCUCUGUGCCGCCUUCGCAGACCAGGCCGGACUCCCCUUUAGCCCCAACGCCCUCCUGAAGAAAGCGGUGGGCAACGUGAUCGGCUCCCUGACCUUUGGGCAGCGCUUCGAGUACAACGACCCGCGCUUCCUCAAGCUAUUGGACCUAAUGGACGGCUUACUGCAAGAUGAGAACGGCUUCGUGCCCGAGGUGCUAAAUGCGAUCCCCCAGCUCCUGCGGCUCCCGGGGCUGGCUGCCUCGGUCUUUCCAAGGCAUAGGGCCUUCAUGGCCCUGCUGGACGAGCUGAUCACCGAACACAGGAUGACCCGGGACCGGGCCCAACCACCCCGAGACCUGACUGACAGCUUCCUGGACGAGGUGGAGAAGGCCAAGGGGAACCCCGAGACCAGCUUCAAUGAUGUGAACCUGCGCCUGGUGGUAUAUGACCUGUUCACUGCCGGGAUGGUGACCACCUCGACCACGCUAGCCUGGGCCCUCCUGCUCAUGAUCCUGCACCCGGACGUGCAGCGCCGUGUCCAACAGGAGAUCGAUGAGGUGAUAGGGCAGGCGCGGAGACCAGAGAUGGGGGACCAGGCCCACAUGCCCUUCACCAUGGCCGUGGUCCAUGAGGUGCAGCGCUUUGGGGACAUCAUCCCAAUGGGUGUGCCCCACAUGACAUUCCGGGACAUUAAAGUGCAGGGCUUCCUCAUCCCCAAGGGGACGACGCUCAUCACCAACCUGUCCUCGGUGCUGAAGGAUGAGACCGUCUGGAAGAAGCCCUUCCGCUUCCACCCUGAGCACUUUCUGGACGCCCAGGGCCGCUUCGUCAAGCAGGAGGCCUUCAUGCCCUUCUCAGCAGGCCGCCGCUUGUGCCUCGGGGAGCCCCUGGCCCGCAUGGAGCUCUUCCUCUUCUUCACCUGCCUCCUGCAGCACUUCAGCUUCUCGGUGCCCGCUGGGCAGCCCCGCCCCAGUGACCACGGUGUCUUUGGCAUCCUGGUGACCCCAUCACCCUACCAGCUCUGUGCUGUGCCCCGCUAGAGGGGGACACCAAGCCCCCAACCCUAUCCUCAGCAGGGGCCCUGAUGUCCAAUAAACCAGUGUGAUGGCACCAACAUGGUUUGAGUCCCACCCAGGCCCCCGACUAGCUCCUGGCGGUGAUGUGGCCUCAGUAGCCUCCCCUGGGGCCAGCUCGUACCCCUCCCUGAUCCAGCCUCACCUGGCAUUUGAACCCAUUUGAGAUACAGACAUACUGAGGUGAAGAAGGUGACAGCUUACCCCCUAGUCACCCAUGGAGACCAAACACUAGCUACUCGAAUUAGUCACAAAAUCUACACAUAGGUCUGGGCUCCUCCCAGGAGGAGCUAGAAUAGGCUUCUGAGAGACAUCAUUGAGGCCCUGGUGGGGCUGGGGAGGGCCCCACUCAGUCUGGAUACCCACAUUUCAGGCCCAAUGAUACCCAAUGCACAGCACAUGCCAGCAGCUGAGCCAGCACCAUCAAGUCUGCUGCCUCAUUUCAUCUAAGACACUCCAAUAGGUGGGGAACUCAGGGCACUGGGAAGGGAUGUGCCAGGUGAACACUCAGGCUCAGUCCUCAGGUGCCAGUACCCUCCCUGGGAAGCCUGAUGGCAGUCCAUGAGUGAGCACCUCCCUGGGCCUCUCGGUCACUCCAAGAUAAGAUGGUCCCCCUUUCCCAGCCUCUCAGGCAUGCUCGUGUCCAGGCCCCUGCCCAGUAGGAGUUGCUCACGGCCAGGCUGGAGGUGGAGGAGGGCUGACUCAGGGCACUGUCCUCGGAGUGGCAGGGUCAGGCCAGGCUCUCCAGGAGGAUCGGCCACAGGCUGAUCCACAGGGAAUUAGCCCUGUGGGCUGCCGGCAUGCCCUAGGGACAGGGGUCAGCCUUGGACCCCUGUGAUAGUGGGAUGACCAGAGGAGGAGGUGGUCACGUGGGGACCUUGGAGGAGCACACCCUGGCUCUUGUCCUUGCUCUGCCAUUCCAGUCCAUGACCCUGGGCCAGUCUCUCCCUGCCCUGGGCUUCUGUUUCCUCUUCAGCCAAUGAGAUGGUUGUACCAGAUGGCCGCUGGGGCCUGUCAUCCUGCUCUGACUCUGUGGCUGUUACCUUGUUAGCCUGUAACCCAGGCUGAGGGCAGGGACUGCCAUCCUCCGCCUGUCCCCACCUCCACAAUUGACUGGCUCUGGACUGAGCACACGGGCAGUGCCCAAAGGUUUCUAAUGACUGUCUGCUUACCCCAGUCUUGGGCAGACCCCCUGGUGCAUUUGGCUAACAGCUUAGGGACCACCGACACUCAGGGCAGAAGCAGCUCCUCCAGGCCUGUUUUUCCAAAGGAGCCCCACCCAAGAGCAUCCCUGUCAGGCGUUCCACCAGUGUCUUCCAGGUGCCCUCAUCACAGGGAGCUCCAAACUCUGAGCAAUCAGGGAACUUGCUCUGUCCCUGGGCACUGCAUCAGAAAGCCAUCCAUGGCCCCUGUCAGCCUCUCCAGAGUAUCCACUGUUGAGUUAGGGCUUGGUGGCAGGACAGUAGUGUUCCUGUAACUAGUCAGGACAGAGAGUCUGGACGGGGCCACACUGUGUUUGCGAAGACCUGAGGCCCCUGAGAGGAGGCAAGUGGGCCUGCAGAAGCAAGAACUCUGAGGAUUUAUU